GGCCGCACGUGGGCGCGCGGGUCCGUCACCGCCCACCGAGCGGCCUGAGGGGCGCCCGGGCGGCGGCGGCCGGGCCCACCGCGCCGGGGAGCGGCCUGCGGGCCUCGCUGGGCGCCUGCCGGCCCCGGGGCUGCACCCGCGCCCUUCUUCUGCACCGGGCCGAACCCCGCCGUGCAGCCCGGGCGGUUGUAGCGCAGCCCCGGGCAGCGGAGGGGGCGGGUCCGCGGGUGCUGCGAGGACACGCUCGGCUCUUCGGUCCCGAAUCUGAGGGGUUUGUUGGAGAAAGGGCAGAGAGACGCCGUGAGAGCGGAGAGAGAGCGCGAAGAUCCCGGGGCCCAGCCCCAUCGCCCGGGCCAGGCGCUGCUGCCGCCCUCACGGCCCCGGUCCCGGCAGGAUGAGCAUGGCCCAGGCCGGGGCCGUAGCCGCAGCGGCCUCGGGGCUCCUCGUCUUCUUCCUCUACUGCUCCAUCCACAGGGUCGAGGAGGGACACCUGGCCGUGUACUACAGGGGCGGUGCGUUGUUAACCAGCCCGAGCGGACCAGGCUACCACAUCAUGCUCCCGUUCGUUACCACCUUCAAGUCCGUGCAGACCACGUUGCAGACUGAUGAAGUGAAAAAUGUGCCUUGUGGGACAAGCGGCGGCGUUAUGAUCUACAUUGACCGAAUAGAAGUUGUGAAUAAAUUGGCACCGUAUGCAGUGUACGAUAUCGUGAGAAACUACACCGCGGACUACGAUAAGACCUUAAUCUUCAAUAAAAUCCAUCACGAGCUGAAUCAGUUCUGCAGCGCCCAUACCCUGCAGGAGGUAUACAUUGAGCUGUUCGACCAGAUAGAUGAGAAUCUGAAGUUGGCCCUACAGAAGGAUCUCAAUGUCAUGGCACCAGGUCUCACUAUCCAGGCCGUGCGUGUUACGAAACCCAAAAUCCCAGAAGCCAUCCGAAGAAAUUUUGAGUUAAUGGAGGCCGAGAAGACCAAGCUGCUGAUCGCAGCCCAGAAGCAGAAGGUGGUGGAGAAGGAGGCAGAGACGGACCGGAAGAAAGCGGUCAUUGAGGCAGAGAAGGCUGCGCAGGUGGCCAGGAUUCACUAUCAGCAAAAGAUUAUGGAGAAGGAAACAGAGAAGCGAAUUUCUGAGAUUGAAGAUGCUGCAUUCCUAGCAAGAGAGAAAGCAAAAGCUGAUGCAGAGUACUACACUGCUCGGAAACUGGCUGAUUCCAACAAGCUAAAACUUACUCCCGAGUAUCUGGAACUAAUGAAAUACCAAGCGAUAGCUGCGAACAGCAAGCUGUAUUUUGGUGACCGCAUCCCCAACGUGUUUCUGGAUUCCUGUGCCUUCCAGCAAGCCAACCUGCGGACUGCCCAAGAAACCAGCCUCCCUUCACAGGAGGCCCCGGAGCCCUCUGCAGAAAGCCACCUCAGAGCAAAGGAAAACACUGGCUGACAGAGGUGGAAGGAUAACCCGGUGUAGCUCAACAGCCAGCCCAGCUGUGGAUGGGGAUGUUGCCUUGUGCUGGUGUGCCAGAUGCGGCUUAUGCGUGGACAUCUUGUGUGUAGGUGGCAGUUGGGUUGAUUUUUCUCCUAGCAACACGUUGCAAGUGCUCUGCCUCUUCCGUUUCUUCCCCUAUUAAAUUGGUGCUUCCAAAUGAGGGAUAAUCCUGUACUAACAUACCUAUACUGGAAUAUUAAAAGACAGACACCAGGAAAGCCUUCCGCGGUAGGUGCAGUUAUUUAGCAAGCGUUCCUCUGGAGGUUGGAAGUGUGGCUUUGAGUGCUGUGUUGCUGCGCACUGGUCGUUCCCCAGCGCUCCUUGCUGAGGCCGAGUGAAGAGGUUUCCUUCGUCCUGCUGAGGAAGCUUCGCUUUGUGGACUCUGAGGCAGGUUUCUACCAUCGCUAUCAUGAGGACUCCAGUAGAGUGGGCUCUCCUUGGCCCGUGGAGGCUGUGUGUUCCUGCUCAGGCCUGGCGAGGAGCGAUUUGGUGUGGAAUAGGUUAUUUGAAUAGGUUCUGCAUAGCCAUAAUCUUUCCUCUAGGCAGUGGCACUAGAUAACAACUUGGAGCAAGCAUUCUCUAACGUGCUUCUGUAACUCCCCCUCUCCAAGCAAGAGCCUCACGCUGGCUGUGACUGACUGUAUGUGGUACGUUUCAGCGGGGUGGCUGGGUUUCAUCUUGCACCCUAAACCAGAUUUCAGAGUGCAUGGAGCAGCUCCGAGCAGCAGGUUGGGAACAGAGCUGGGAAAUCUUUGCUCAGACCCCACAGCCUCCCUGGAGAUCAUCUCAGCUGGGAAAGGAGGCUGAACUUCCACUGCUCUGCCUUGCUGGCCAAGGGAAGGGGAAGAGAAGAGUGAAGGGACCCCGCUCUGCAGCAGAUCAGAUGGUUGACACCUCAGUGCAAAGUAGGUGAGGCAUCACUGCUCCCCCAUGCAAAAUCCACCACUUAAGAAGAACUGGGACCUGUCCUUGAACAGCCACGAUGGGAGCGUCCUGCUGGUCCUCUGGUCACUGGCCAGGCUUCGCUGUGGUGCAGGUUUUUGACUCGCAAACAGUGCUGGCAGGCUGCUCUUUUCUCUGAUGUGCGUUGUAAAUCCAGCUGCUCCCCACAUGCCACUGCAGGGUGAGAGAAAGAGCUGUGCUCGGGGGAAUAUCUGCUGGUACGAUGCUUUCCUCUUUCCCUCUGUCCUCCCGUCUACCUUGAGGACGUGCUUCUUUCUAGGACCUGCUCCUCGUUGUGUUGUGCGGUGAUCCCAGAAGAUGAUGGCUGGGGAAGCAACUGCCAAGAGGUUGAGCUGGAACGGCAUUCCCCAGCUGGCAGCACAGCAGCGUUGCCUGCUUCUGAACCCACCGCCUGCUCAGGGAUGGCCUCUCCUCCGCCAGCUGGGACAUCUUGUGGUCAUCCCGCUUCCCUGUCCCCUUGGUGCAGUGCUCAGCCCUGGCGCAGUUCACUGGACGGGCUGGUUGGCGGUGACGGGCCGGUGGGUGUUGAGAUCUGUCCCUGGCACCAUCUGCAGCCUCAGAGCAAGAGAAGGGACGUGCUUAGCUUUUGCGCUGGUGAAACAUUUAGCUCAAAACAUAUGGCCUGAGCUUUGCCUCUGCUAAUGAUUUCCCUACAUGAUUUGAGUGGGCUUCUGGCUUUCCAGUGCUGUGUUCCUGUCCUGUGGGGCUCCUCUCAGAAUAGCAGCAUCUCUCCUCAAGGAAGCCUGGUAACACGGUGCCUUAUGCUAUCUCAGCUCCUGCUCUGGCUGAUUCUCCUCCUUCUCUGGGGCAGAGCAGGGGUGUGUUGACUCUGCUGUUCCUGGUAAUACCUGACUGUGGGACUUUGCAGCAGCUUCAGGUGGUAUUUCUGUCCUACAUCUGUCUGCAACCUCCCAAGGUUGCUCUGCUCCAAGAUACCAUUUCCUCUUCAAACCCAGACGUGGCAGAAGCACAGGAUCAGGACCCUGCCCCAGAGAGGCCAGCUGAAGGUGCUGAGCACCAGUCCCGGCUCCCAGGGAUGGAGAUCAUGGUGCCUCCUCCUGCCCCCAAGGAUGAGAGGAAGGUGCUCUUGCUGUCACCAGGAGAGGUUUCUCCAUCUUUUGCUGCACACACCUGGUGCACAGGGGAUGUGUUACAGGUGUGUGCCCUGCAGAUCCCAGCCUGGGGAGCACUAAGCUGAGCUUUUGCUUAGGGGUGCUCAUGUCGUCACCUGCUGAAGGCUGUGAUGAACAGUGCCCUCCUGGCACAGAGCAGCCUUCGCAGGACACGGGAGGGCAGGGAGCAGAUGGGAUGCGUGUGUGUCGGGGUGGAGGCAGCGGAGCCAGCAGGCCGGGCAGAGCGAUGCGACGGGGCCGAGGGCAGGAGAGGACUGGGCAGAGUGUUCCCACCACCAGACCCUGCGGUGUCCCCCGGGUGAAGGGGACCGGGGCAGAGGGGGCAUGGCAGCGUAUAUUGUAGCUGUGGUGGUUGAAGUGUCUCCUGGAAGUGCUGUUUGAUUUGCGAGCUCAAGGUCUCCUUCCUCCUGCGGGAAGGGGGAAUCACAUCUCUGACCGUCCAGCUCCUGGGUGUCGCUUGGCUAGCAGCAUGUGUGUAGCAGCAGAAACAUGGCCACUUUGGUUGAAUUCUGAAAUGAAGCUGGGCUUUUAGAACAGCAGCACUGUUGGAGGGGAUGCAGGCUUGUCUCUAUGUGGUGCUCACUGGGGCUGGAAUCAAACCCUGGGCAUCGGGCUGGGUGGACAGGGUGUAGGUUCUGCCAGCCUGGAGAUGACAAGAGGGAAGGGCAGGAGGGAAACCACUAGAAGCAAUAACGAGGCAGCUCACAGCUGUCUAGUGAUCAGAGCAAGGAGGAGCUGCAGACCGUUGGGUCUGAGCCUGGCUGGGCCUCCCUGCGGCUGCCCGGCUGGGUGCAGGGACUUGCGAUUAGUGGCUGUCACCCUGCUCUGGUUUGGGUUGGCAUCAGUCCCGCAGCAGCGUGUGCAUGAUUCUCUGUGCCUCCAUCUGUGGCUUCAGAAGCGGGAGCGGGUGUGCAAGGGGAGGGAAUCGCCGUGGCUUUAACAGCCCAGUCUGGGCUUUGCUUCUCUCUGAGCUGGGAUGUGGCUGCAACUGGGAACGUGGCUUUGAACUGGUUUUUCUCUCUGUUCGAAAGGCCCAUGUGCUCCUGUGAGUGAAGGGGCCUGCCGCUGGAUCCACACCUUCUUUAAGGAAACACGAUACCGAUGUUCAAGUUUACAUGCACAGUGUUAAUUUCUUUUGAUAAAGCAGAAUAAAGUUAUUUUGUUACCA